ACUAACUGGAAAAAAAAAAAUUGGAAACGUUGACGUGCGUAUGGUCAUCAAUUUUUAUUUCCCCAGAAUUUGUGUUUUUCGUUUCAAAGUUACGAAUUUAGUUAUUUAAUUAGUUGGUACUGAUAUCUAAAACCGAAAUCUACAAUGGGUUUGACAAUAUCAAGUGUUUUUACUAAGCUCUUCGGCAAAAAACAAAUGCGUAUCCUUAUGGUUGGACUGGAUGCCGCUGGAAAAACAACUAUACUUUAUAAGCUUAAGUUGGGAGAGAUAGUGACCACAAUACCGACGAUCGGAUUUAACGUAGAGACAGUAGAAUACAAAAACAUCAGCUUUACUGUGUGGGACGUCGGCGGUCAGGACAAGAUCAGGCCACUGUGGCGUCACUACUACCAGAACACGCAGGGCCUUAUCUUCGUCGUAGACUCUAGCGACACAAAGAGAAUAGCAGAAGCCGAAAAUGAGUUGGCUAAUAUGCUAAAGGAAGAUGAACUAAGGGAUGCUGUGAUCCUCGUGUUUGCCAACAAGCAAGAUAUGCCCAAUGCUAUGACUGCAGCUGAACUUACGAAUGCCCUCAACCUUAAUAAUUUGAGAAACCGCCGUUGGUACAUCCAGGCUACGUGUGCGACACAAGGGCAGGGCCUGUACGAGGGACUAGACUGGCUCUCCAAUGAGCUAGCAAAGAAGUGAGAAUCAAUUUGGCUUACGGUCACUGGGAACAGACUACAAACAUUCCCGUAAUGACUGACAACUUUCAUCUUGUGGUUGUUGUUGUUCAUUCUACAAAAACCUAAAAGACUAUGAAAAUUUCUAUGUAAUUAUACAAAUGUCUUUUUAAUACUACUAGGCUCUUUUCACAAUGUUUUGCUGAAGCAGUUAUUUAUUAUUUGGCUAGCCAUAUAAAUGAUAUUGUGAAAAUGGCCCCACAUAGAUAUAUAAUGGUCUAUCUAUAUUAAUCAUUCAUAGUUUAAUCAGUUUCCUAUAUUGUCCUUCAGCAAAUUUCACAUAAUUCUUUUUUUUUCUUGAUAAUAUGAAAGUACUAAAGAGAAAUGUUGAUCAUGUUCUCAUAAUAUUUAAAUGUAAAAUGCAAUAAUGUAGUAUUUGUAAUGUUCGGUAUAAUAUGUCUUAAACUAAAUUUAACAAGUGUAAAUCAUUGAAAAUA